CUUGUCUGUCCUACGCUACCCACCCCAUUGCGUACCUGACUUUCAUCACCAUCCAGCCCAACUGCGGCAUUCUAUUCUAGUUACUCUUUUGUCUUCUUUUUUAUCUCUUCCCUUUCUUGAUCCCCCGGAAGGCUGCUAUCGAUAACACUUCCGCCUUGGACCCUCACGCGUACAGCUGCAGCCCAAUUCGCUGGAUGGCUGUGAGUUCCAUGUUUUGCGAGUCUUCCCUAUGCUCGCUGGCGUCUCGCGAGAGUACCUAAAAGAAGAGACUCGCCUCAACCUACGAAUUUCGGACAAACUUCCUGGUCUGAACAAACUUUCCCCGGCCAGGCAUACGGCCGCCUUCCGCAACCAUGUUAGAAGGUCUCGUCGCAAACCUGCUCAACCGCUUCCUGGGUAUGUAUGUCAAGAACUUUGAUGCGAAACAGCUCAACGUCGGCAUAUGGUCCGGUGAUGUGAGACUCCACAACCUUGAACUACGUCGGGAAGCUCUCGAUCAACUGCGUCUGCCCCUGAAUGUCGUCGGUGGCCAUCUCGGUCAGCUUACGCUGUCGAUCCCGUGGUCGAAUCUAAGAGGGAAACCUGUCAAGAUCGAUAUUGAGGAUGUGUUUCUUUUAGCCGCACCAAGAGAAGAUGCCGAGUAUGAUGAGGAAGAGGAAGCAAGGAGAGCACAGUCGGUCAAGAUGGAAAAGUUGGAAAAUGCGGAGAUACUCAAGGAACGCAAUACGGAGGGCAUGAGCCAAGAAGAGCAACGCCGGAACCAAAGCUUCACUCAAAGUCUUACUACUGCCAUUAUCGACAACCUUCAGAUAUCUAUUAGAAACGUCCACUUUCGAUACGAAGAUUCAAUCUCUUCACCAGGCCACCCGUUCACAGUCGGCUUCACUUUGAAGGAACUCAGUGCCGUCAGUACCGACUCUGAAUGGAACCCGACAUUUAUCCAGUCGACUUCCGGUACCACCCACAAAUUAGCCAUCCUAAGUGCACUUGCAAUAUAUUGGAAUACAGACGCAGAACUUCUGCGUACCGGUCGGGCCUCUGAUGUAGGCACGGAUGGACUAACCCAUGAGCAACUGACUGAACGACUGAAAUCCGCAAUCGUCAACGAUGGGAAUAAACAGUACAUGCUUCGCCCAGUCAGUGGCCGUGCCGGCCUGGAGUUGGACAAAACUGGGAAGCAUGAUCGACCUGCAAUCAAAGCCAGAUUACUAUUUGACGAAUUGGGCUUUGUCCUGGAUGACGAUCAAUACCGGGAUGCCUUGAUGCUCGUGGAUUUCUUCCAUUACUUUAUUCGCCAUCAAGAAUACAGGAGGUUUCAGCCUAAGUGUCGGCCCAAGGAAGACCCUCGCGCUUGGUUCAAGUUUGCUGGUGACGCUGUACUUCGCAAAAUCCAUGAUAGGAACAGGCGUUGGUCUUGGGACUACAUCAAGGAGCGAAGAGAUGAUCGGUUAGCCUACAUUAAACUGUUCAAGAAGAAGAAGCGCGAUGAGACUCUGUCGCCAGAGGAGUUCAAACAAUUGGAUGCCCUGGAGCGGAAACUUAGCUAUGAGGAUCUCAGGUUCUGGAGGUCGUUGGCACGAAACCAAUUGCGGAAAGAGAACGUUGGCGUCAAGAAACCCGCGAAGCAGCAGACCUGGUCAGAGUGGAUAUGGGGUACUAAGAAAGAAGAAUCCCAGGAGACAACCAUGACUGAAGAGCAACGUCAGGAGCUAUAUAAUGCCAUUGAUUGGGAUGAGAGAAAGGCUCUCGCAGAAGAUGUGGACGUCCCACGGGAAUGGGUCAAAUUCCAAGUCAACUCGAGUCUCGAAGCGGGGAGUUUCACCUUGAGGCGCAAUCCCCAUGGGAAGCCUGUUGAGGUUGCAAAGUUUGUAUUCGACAAUUUCCGGGCGAAAGCUUUACAACGCGUCGACUCGUUCUUUGUGGAACUCGACUUGGGCGGGCUGCGAGUCUAUGAUGGCACGGUAGAACACACUCUCUUCCCUCAGGUAGCCAGAGUGAAGGACUCCCUUCAUCAGCCAAAGGACCGAGGCUCGGAGGCCUCUGAUAAGGGUGACCUGACUGCUGAAGAGGGCGUAUAUGACGAUGAAGAUAGCCUGUUCCACCUUCAAUUGGAAAAGAAUCCUCUCGACAGUGAUGCUGACAGUGCGAUCAAGCUCAAGUUGAAAAGUAUCGAAGUAAUCUAUAACCCCAGAUUCCUCGUUGAGGUUGUCAAAUUCUUCCAGCCUCCGGAGCGACAUAUGGAGUCGAUCGGGGCUCUCUUGGAUACUGCAGGUGCUACAGUAGAGGAGAUCAGGCAGCAGACCCGCGCAGGUUUAGAGUAUACCUUGGAAGAACACAAAAAGGUGGAUGUGCAGUUUGAUAUCCAAGCGCCUUUGAUCAUUGUUCCAGAGAGUGUCACCCAGAAAAGUUCCCUUUGCUUGAUUUUCGAUGCUGGCCAUGUCAGUGUCAACAGCGAGCUGGUGGAUAGACAGGCCAUCAGAGAAAUUCAGUCGAAGCAGAAGCGGCAAUAUAAUGAGGAAGAUUAUAAACAGCUUGAGCAUUUGAUGUAUGACCGGUUCUUGCUCAAGCUCGAUUCCACCCAAGUGCUUAUCGGCCCUGGAAUCGACGAGACGAGGGCACAGCUCAGUUCUGGUGAUACUUCGAAGAACCUACAUCUGAUUGACCGCAUAAACGUGGAUUUCAUGUUGGAAUUGUGCAUUGUCCCAGUAGGCACGGAGCUCACAAGAACGCGCGUGUCUGGACAUCUUCCAGAGUUGCGCGCCUCUAUCUCUGACGCUAAAUAUAAAGGCCUGAUGAAAUUGAUCGGUAUAGCCAUCCCACGCUUUGACGAGGUUUCCGAGGGCCCGAAGGAAGAUAGUCAUCUCCCUUCAAAGAACAGAGCAGGAGAGAUGGCCGCUACCAAUUAUAGACCUAGAUCUUCUUCGUUUCAGCCGUUGCUUGAGAGAGAACUUCCCGUCGUGGACGAAGAUUCUGACAUCGAACCAGAUCAGGAGCAGCUCAAGAAAACCGUUGAGAAACCAAAUAUUCAUCGUCGUGAUUUUCAAUUCAAAUUCACUGUUGGCUGCCUCCGUGGUUCACUGUUUCGUUCUGAUGCGAACGAUCUGCAGAGUGACCGGCUGCUAGCAGAAUUGGUUGCGGAAGGAUUCAAGCUGGACUACUACAUGCGACCGUUUGACAUGGUAGCAGACGUGGUGUUGAAAUCUCUAAGCGUGGACGACUACAUUGAAGAAAACCCGCUUCCGGAAUUCAAGAAUAUCGUAUCGUCCAAGGGCUUCGAUGCCGACGAGGACAAGGACCUGUUUCAUUUGCGUUUUGUUAGAGUGAAGCCUGAGUCGCCCGAAUUUCAGUCAACAUACGAAGGUGUGGAUACGAACCUAGAAAUUUCGGUUUCUACAAUAAACGUCGUUGUCACUAGGAGAACUCUUCUGACUCUCUUGGACUUUAUCCUCCUCACCUUUACAAACCCCGAGCAGCCUACUAGUCAGGAUGUACAACCUGACAGAGCACUUCAUGACACUACCAAUGUUGAUCAACAGCCUCAACAAACAGGAAAGAUUCGCAUCAAGUCCAAUUUGAAAAGCAUUGCGUUCAUCCUCAACAAUGAUGGUGUUCGGCUUGCCACCCUUAGUCUCAAUACGGCAGACGUCGGGAUUUAUCUUGUUGGCCGAACUAUGUUGAUACAGUCUCGAAUCGGUAGUUUGACCUUGGUUGAUGAUGUCAACUUGGGUGCAUCAGCAAACUCUGAUCUUCGAAGACUUCUGACUAUUGAGGGAGAUAAUUUUGCAGAUUUCAAAUAUGAAACUUUCGACCCUGAAAGUCCAAACUAUCCCGGUUAUGACUCGGAGGUCUACCUGAGGUCUGGUUCGAUCAAAAUAAAUUUCCUCGAAGAGCCUUACCGGAAGAUCUAUAAUUUCCUGGUUAAAUUUGGCAAGAUGCGGGCUAUCUUCAAUGCUGCUCACCGGGCUGCCGCAAACCAAGCAAACCAGCUGCAGGAGAAUGCCUCACGCAUGCGCUUCGACAUCGUAGUAAAGACCCCUAUAUUAGUUUUCCCAAGGACUAUGAAGGAUGACCACCAGCGAGACACAAUCACAGCCCAUCUUGGAGAAAUAUAUGCCAAAAACACAUUUUUCCCACUCGAGGAUGACAAUCCAGGCCCAGCUGUGAAUGUGAUCACUACUGGUAUACGAAAUAUUCGCCUGACAUCGAAAUUCUACUUCGAGGGUGAUAUCUACGAAGAAUUAGAGAUGAUUCAAAAGGUGAAUCUUGACUUCAGCAUAUGCUAUCUCGAGCACCAAGCAAAUAAUCCCCGUCCUGAUUUAGAGGUCGAGGGCUCCGUGUCCCCAAUAAACCUGCGAAUAUCACAGAAUCAGCUGAAGUUCUUGUUGGAGCUUUCGAAAACCGUGCCUGGAGCUUUUACGACCGACGAAGAACAACAGGAAUUGGAAGCCAUGGAAGAUCUACGCUCGGCAGUUACGGAGCCAAGCGACGAUACUACCUUGACGACUGUCAAAGGAAAAGAAGGGUCAACAGGGAAAUACGCGGAUGAAGAGACAUGGGUGCGGCUUGAUAUGAUUUUCAAGGCGGAUAGCGUCGGUUUGGAGCUUAUCCUCGCAAAAGACAACGAGCCUGUGGGCUGCCUGGAAGAUGCUAGCUUGUCCAAAUUUUCUCUGAAUGACACGAGAGUCAAGCUACGUAUGUUAACGGAUGGGUCCUUGGAGUCUGAACUUCUAAUUCACUCGCUUUCAAUCCGCGAUAGCCGCAGCAAGGGUUCCAAUAAGUUCAGGAAAAUCAUGUCUCUCAUCAACAAUGAUGUCCAGCAGCAGUUCAUGGCCAGCAUUUCAAUGUCACCUGGGCCAGACAAACAUAUCAUUGCGAUGCUGACCAUUGACAGCCCCCGUAUCAUAUUUGCCUUGGACUAUCUCUCUGCUUUGCAGUCGUUCGCUGAAGCAGCUUUCGCCACCGAUCAGCCAGCAGAGGUCGAAGAAGAAAGCGAUAUAACCGAAGAGUCCGAAAGCAGGUCCAGCAUUAGCGCUAGCACCGACAGGAAUGCGAGCCCAUCACCGGCUCGGGACACUCCAGCUUCAGCCGGACAGAUGACCAUGUCCUGGAGAGCGAACCUCGUUGAUGCCCAAGUAAUCCUUAUCGCGAAUCCGACCAUCUCCCAUACAGAGGCCAUAGUUCUUGGAACAAAACAGGUUCUCUUUUCUCGUCAGAAUGUCUCGACGUUGCAGAUCAGCAAAGUCGGCAUGUUUCUGUGUCGCAUGGACAAGUUCGAAACGAGCAGGCUGCGAAUUCUGGAUGACUUUACUAUUGAAAUGACGAUGGAUAACCGCGCCCAAGAGAAAGGAUCUAGUUUGACUUCUAUCGACGUGCACGUCGAACCAUUGGUCUUGCGCCUUUCUCUUCGAGAUAUCCUAAUGGCGAUUCAGAUAGUAAACAAGGUCUCUGAAAUGAGAACUCGGGCCUCCAAUAGCGACACUGGAGAGGUGAUGAAAGUACAUGAUGGCAAUAACCAGAGAGCUAGAUCCUCCAAGAGGAGAUAUUCCGGAAAGAACCAAUCCUUGGCUGCAACUUCUUCCAAAGCUCAACGACGCCUAAGUGCGUCUGCAAAGACCCUCGAACCAGGACUAGCUCCACGUCGUUCAGUUGUUCUUAGGCGUGAAGAGUUGACUGCACAAAUUGAUGGUAUUCGGGUUAUUCUCAUUGGAAAUUUGCAUGAUCUUCCCCUGCUCGACUGGAGUGUCAAGAAAUUUACUGUGGAUGCUCGGGAUUGGUCCGCGGCGUUGAAUGCGGACACCAGUUUCGAUACUUUUGUCAAUGUCUACAACUUCUCCAAGUCAGCUUGGGAACCAUUGAUAGAGCCUUGGCAAAUGGGCUUCCACAUGGCGAAAGAAAUUAACCCAGAAGUCCUCUCUAUAGAUGUCUUCUCACACAAGACAAUGGAGCUUACACUCACGUCAGCCACUAUUGCCCUGGCAUCCAAGUCUUUCCAGUUUCUUUCCACGGACGAGGAUGUUCUAUCGAAACCUAGGGGUGCUGACGCGCCGUAUCGCAUUCGCAAUUAUACUGGGUUCGACCUUCGUGUCUGGGCUGAUGUCAAUGCAGGAGAAGAUGGGCCAGCCGCAAAGUUGACAGAUGGGGAGGAAUGUCCCUGGAGAUUUGAAGAUGCGAUCGCUGUGCGUGAGACGUUGACUCCGGAAGGCCAUACUGGAGUUGUAGGCGUCAAACUCGAAGGAAGCGGCUUUGACAGUGUUACCCAAAUCCGUGUUGCCCGGGAGGGCGAGACCGUGUACAACCUGCGGCCGAAAAAAGACAAUGUUCUUCACAGAUUACUCGUGGAAGUCAGAUUGGGUACGGACAACGUGAAGUAUAUUACCUUUCGCUCGCCGUUCCUUGUUGAGAACAACACACAGAUUCCAGUAGAGAUGGGCAUCUACAGCCCUCAAGACGGCCACCUUCUCAAGAUCGAGAAGAUCCUUCCUGGUGAUUCCCGACCUGCGCCUGUUGGAGCAGCGUACAUGCAUUCUGUUCUCCUCCGACCGGAUCAGGGCUUUGGUUAUGACUGGUCAGGCCAACAGCUUUACUGGAAAGACCUCUUACGGCGGCCAAACCGGGCGAUCAAAUGUAUGAGUGAAAAUGGCCAGCAAGCUCCUCCAUUCUACUUCCAGUCCAACGCUAUAUUUGACCCGAAAAACGCUCUCACCAACGUUUACCCUUAUAUGAGAAUUCGUGUCUCUGCUCCAGUUGAAAUCCAGAACUUGCUUCCAUAUGACUUCAAGUACCGUAUUUACGACAAGAAUACGAAAAAGGAUUGGACAAACUUCUUGCGAAAAGGUGGCAUUAGCCCCGUCCAUGUUGUUGAACUGUCUCAUCUACUCCUUCUUAGUAUUGAUUUGGAAGAUACUAUCUUCAGACAAAGCGAGUUUGCUAUCAUUAACGGGAAUUCGCAAGAUUUUAAGAGGGAGCAUGUGAUCUCAUUGAAGGACGACAAGGGCAAUCCACUGAAGCUGCAACUUUAUUACUUCAAUGUGCCUGAUAGCGGUGGCGCUUUCAAAGUGUCCAUCUAUAGCCCAUACCUCAUAUUGAACAGGACAGGACUUGAUAUGGAGAUUCAAACCAAGGGCUUUCUCCAGUCUGCAAGGUCUGCAGCCGGUCGUGGUUUGAGACCUGACCCAAAUAAUGGUGGACACACGCAACCUUACAUGUACUCUUAUUUGACAGAGGACAAGAAGAACCGGUCUCUUCUGAAAAUUGGUAACUCCGCUUGGAGCAAGCCGCAGAGUUUCGAAGCACUCGGUAGCACAUAUGAAGUCACCCUACCGGACCGGCAUGGAAGAUCAGAGCUGAACGUGGGAAUUUCUGUCGCUGAAGGUGAGGGCAAGUACAAAAUGACCAAGGUGGUCACUAUUGCUCCUCGCUUCAUUCUCAAGAAUAAGCUUAACGAAGAUCUUCUGGUCCGGGAGCCUGGUUCAUCUGAUGUGCUUUACUUCUCAAGCGGAGCACUGUUGCCUCUACACUUCUUGCGUCAAACACUGGAGAAACAGCUCUGUCUUUGCUUCCCAGGCGUGAACAAUCAAUGGUCUUCGCCUUUCAACAUAGCAGACAUUGGAACUGUCCAUGUGAAGCUGGCCCAGGCAAACCAACGCCAGAGACUUGUCAAAAUUGAUGUGAUCAUGGAAGGUGGAACACUAUUCCUGCACUUUAGCUUCGAAACGAGAAGCUGGCCAUUUUCCAUGCGCAAUGAGAGUGAUAUGGAGAUUUUCUUCUAUCAAGCUAAUCCGAAUGUGGAAGACGAAGAGGAAGAAAUAGCAACCGCUUGGAGGCCGAUCCGUUACCGUCUUCCUCCUAGAAGCAUUAUGCCAUAUUCAUGGGACUACCCGGCCACUAAGAACAAGUCACUUGUGCUUUCGUGCGGUGGCAAAUUGCGACAUGUCAGACUCGCUGAGAUAGGAAAUCAGAUACCGAUGAAGAUACCCCCGACGCAGCCUGGUGGACAGCAAAAGAUCAUCGACAUCAAUAUCGUUGCAGACGGACCUACUCAGACGCUUGUGUUGUCGAAUUUCAAGCCCUCGCAGAGUAUAUACAGACAAAAGAGCCAAACCGCUCAAACGAGUUCGACCAGCCUCGGUUUCGAGGUAAAGGAAGCGAGGUCAGAAGUCAACUUCAAAGCGCAACUUCGUCUUGGGGGCAUCGGCAUUUCCUUGGUCAAUCAGAAUUUGAAGGAGUUACUUUACCUUACACUCCGCGAUUUUGAGAUCAAAUUCAAAGAAUCGAGGCUGUACCAAACAUUGAACACUACGGUCAAGUGGAUUCAAAUCGACAAUCAACUCUACGGUGGCAUCUUUCCCAUCCUUUUAUAUCCCAGUGUGGUUGCCAAGACCGGGAAGGAAAUGGAGGCCCAUCCGAUUUUCCAGGCCAUGAUUGCACGUGUGAAAGACGACUCGUAUGGCGUCCUUUACAUCAAGUAUGCCACUUUGCUCUUGCAGCAAAUGACUUUAGAAGUCGACGAGGAUUUCAUUUUUGCAAUGUUGGACUUCCUCAAGGUCCCUGGCGCUUCAUGGACCGAAGAGCAUGAAGGAAAAUUGUGUGACGAAGAGCUACACAUUCCAGAGCCAAAGCAAGAAGCCGAAGGACAGGAUGUGUACUUUGAGCUUCUUCAUUUGCAACCGAUGCAACUGGAUAUAUCCUUUAUGCGCACAGAGCAUGUAAAUGCUGAGGAUACGAUGCAACCGUCUGAUCCUUUGAUGUUCUUCGUGAAUGCCAUGACUAUGUCCAUGGGAAAUGUCAAUGACGCACCCAUUCAGCUUAACGCUCUGAUAGUUGAGAACGCGCGAGUCUCCUUUGGAGUCCUUGCCAACAACGUUAUGAAACACUACACGCAGGAGUUCGUGCGCCAAAUCCAUAUUGUCCUUGGGUCAGCCGACUUCUUAGGAAACCCUGUUGGCUUGUUCAACACUGUCAGUUCUGGCGUGGCAGCAAUGUUCUAUGAACCGUACAAUGGACUAGUCAUGACCGAUCGGCCUUCAGAACUUGGCUACGGAAUUGCGAAAGGUGCCAAGAGCUUUGUUGUGAAAUCCGUCUUCGGCUUUUCAGAUAGUUUUGCAAAAUUUACCGGCAGUAUGUCCAAAGGUCUUGCCGCUGCAACCCUUGACAAGGAAUUCCAGAAUCAGAGGCGCAUGUCCAAGGCUCGCAACCGGCCCAAACACGCCCUGUAUGGUAUCACGGCUGGCGGUAGUGCGUUUGCAAACAGUCUCGCCAGCGGCAUCGGUGGUCUUGCACGACAUCCGCUUGAAGGGGCUGAAAGAGAAGGCCUGCAGGGCUUUUUCAAGGGCGUUGGACUUGGCGUCUGGGGCUUGGCUACAAAACCAGCGAUUGGAGCGUUUGAUCUUGCUUCAAAUCUAGCUGAGGGUGUUCGCAACACUACGACCGUCUUCGAUUCUGACGGUCUGGACCGUGUCCGCCUUACCCGCUUCAUUGGACUCGAGGGAAUCGUGCGCCCUUACUCCCAACGUGAAGCGCUGGGCCAGUUCUGGCUGAAGACCACUGAUGAUGGGGCCUACUUUAACGAAGACUACAUCGCGCACCUGGAACUUCCUGGUAAAGACCUGAUGGUCAUGUUGACGUACGGUCGAAUAAUGCUUGUGCGAACCAAGAAGCUCCAAACGGAGUGGGACAUUCGAUUGACGGACAUCCAAAUCAUCUCCAAGGAGAGAACCGGCAUGAGCAUUACACUUAAGGGCGGUGCCAAUGGCCCAUUUAUCCCAGUACAGGAUGAGGCUUCGAGAAAUUGGCUGUACAAACAAAUUGCUAUAGCUGUGAAUGCAUUUAAUGAGAAACAUAACAACACGCGUGGCUAAGAUGAGCGAACUCACCAGGAACUGUUCAAAGCAACAGCUUGAAAUAUCAACUGGUAAUGAUGUUACGUGAAAGCAUGACGAUUAAUUUCUACUCCUAAACUUAAUUCGCUCUAUGGUGCUUACUGUAUUUAAUUGCUUACCUGUGGGAAGGUUGGAAUUGGAUUAGAUGAGUGUCAAUGGGUCUUGGAUGGUAUAUGGAAUGGAGAUAGACCUGGUGUCAGGGACUAUAGAAGACAAUCGCCGGCGGUUUUCCUCCUUUUCAUUAUUAGGAUAAUGUGUAUAUAGAGAGAAAUAAGAGUGAUGCAGCUUUCCAAUCUUGCAGAUAUUCAUUGAUGCCGCUAUGUCCGGAGGGUCUGAUGCCUAGAAGCUCAUGUAUUUAAACCAGUCAAGAAUAG